AUGAGUUCUUUGCCUAAGUCCAAGGAUGUGGUGAAAACAGAUUGGCAACAAUGUGUUAUCUGUCAGGAAAACACAGAAGAAGUACUGCAAUGUCCCGCAGAAUCAAAGCGGACAGAUGUUGGAGCUGGAUACAAAACUCUCGCAGACAACAGCGUUAGAUUUGGACAGCUAGGAUGUAUGCCAUUAUCACUUAAUAUAGAGAGGCUGGAUGAGGGGAGUGGAAUAGAACAAACAUUUAUAAGUGAAAAGGCCCGUUGGCACAAGAGCUGUAAUACCAAAUUUAACAUCACCAAGCUAAGAAGAGCCGAGAAAAGAUAUUCUACAGAGGAGCAGAGCUCAGGCAUUGGUAAGAAAUUUACGCGUUCCAACACCGGAAGUGAAGCACCACCGAACAUAAAUAGGUGUUUUAUCUGUGAUGAAUGCGAACGUUGGAACAAUCCUCUACACAAUGCGUCUACAUUUGGAUUAGAUGCUCGUGUUCGAAAAUACGCGGCUGUUUUAAAUGACCAGAAUCUUCUUGCUAAAUUGAGUACAGGUGAUCUUGUUGCAAUUGAAGCCAAAUACCACAAUGCAUGCUUAACAUCUCUUUCCAACAGAGCAAGGGCAGUGGACACCGAGGAUAAAGAUGACGACCAUACUCUGCAAUUAGAAGGUAUAGCAUUUGCUGAAUUAGUCAUUUUCAUAGAAGAUUCCCGGUCACAGGAAGAUGUAAUCCCAAUUCAUAAGCUUGUUGAUUUAUCGAGUAUGUGCACCUCUCGACUUAAGCAACUUGGGGCAAAUAUAAUCGGUCGCACCCACACUUCCAGGUUGAAAGAUCGAAUAUUAGCUAUGAUUCCUGAUCUUGAAGAACACAAGCAAGGUCGUGACAUUUUACUUGCAUUUAAAGAAGAUGUUGCGAUGGCACUUCGAAGAGCGCGUCAAAGUUGUGACAACGAGGCAAUGCAUCUGGCACGGUCGGCAACUAUUGUAAGAAGAGAAAUGAUGAUGAUAGAAAACAGUUUCGAUGGAUUAUUUGAUAAAGAUUGCCAACACAACUCGGUACCAAAGUCACUUCUAUCGCUAAUUAACAUCAUUUUGUAUGGGCCAAACAUCAAAACACAAGCAAGCAACGCCAAUGCUACUCAAGCAGGACUUAGUAUCGCGCAGUUAUUACAGUACAAUAGCUAUUUGCGUCGACGCAAGGGACCGCAUCAACACGAACGUCACAGCCGGAAACGCGAGACGCUACUUCCAAUCUAUUUGGGUCUCUCAGUUCACGCAAAAACUCGGAGUCGUGAACUUGUGGACAAUCUUUACAAUCUUGGUCUUUCGGUAUCCUACGACAGAGUGAUGAGCAUAUCCACCGACCUUGGAAAUGGUGUUUGCCGCCGAUUUGAAGAAGAGAAAGUUGUUUGCCCAACUAAUCUUCGCAAAAGGCUGUUCACAACCGCUGCGAUUGACAAUAUCGACCACAAUCCAAGCUCUACCACCGCCAGUGAUUCAUUUCAUGGUACUGGUAUAUCACUUUUCCAGCACGUCUCCACCGACUGUCCUGGGAUUGAUCGCGAAAUAGUUGUACUUGAGCAGUCUUCAUCAACCAUCACCACCAAGACAGUUUCACAGUUACCAGAUUCCUACGCAAAUGUACCUCCUGCUUCUCUUCGUCAAAAAGACCCUCCUGUUCCAGAAAUGCAAUGCGAAAUGAAAGCAGAUGGUUCAAUUUAUAUGUGCGCUGUUAAAGAAGAAUUCUUGUGGUUGGAGAAUGUUAGAGCCACUAUCGACACCCAGCAGAAUUUAGAAGAGGGAGAAUGUAUAUAUUUCAUGGGCAGGAUACCAUUCUAA